CAUCAACACUGCUACCUACUCUGCAUCAACAAACAGACAGCGCCACUCAUACCACUUCUCACCUCUCGUGGGGCGACAGCACCCAAAUAGUAAUGGGUGUUUAGCUGUGCCGGGUACUCUCAUCUCUUCAGCCUUGCUGUGUCUUUCAAAGGUAAAAAUUCCACGCUGCCCUCCCCGAACAUGCCCUUUGUCUUCCAUGAUGAACUCUUUAUUGGAGCUGUCUUAGACUCGCUUUGCGGGCCAUGAUGAUAGACUUUUUAUUACGCUUUUAACUGAAAUGACAAACAACACCUUGAUGAUCAAGUCGAAAAAAUUGCAUUGGCAAGACAAUAAGGUAGCUAACACCCGUGUCCAGAGUUGAUUUUCAACAACCAUCGAUGGGAACGAUCAGCAGCAGCAUCAAACAAAUCCGUCAGGGGUAUUCAUCAUGGACACCGCCAACGGUAACGCGACUACGGCUUCGGCUGCUCCCGCUGCUCUGGCCCAGCCAAACGGCCACCGGGAGGACCCUGGUGGCUUCAAACUCAAGUUUUGCACCGUAUGUGCCAGUAAUCAGAACAGAUCUAUGGAGGGCCAUUUGCGUCUGGCGUUGGCAAACUAUCCAGUGAUUUCUUUCGGAACCGGCUCUCUUGUCCGGCUUCCAGGUCCUACCAUCACACAGCCCAAUGUCUACAAGUUCAACGAGACCUCGUACGAUAGUAUCUACAGAGAGCUUGAGGCCAAGGACCCCCGUUUGUAUCGGGCCAACGGACUUCUUAACAUGCUCGGCCGAAACCGCAACAUCAAGUGGGGCCCGGAAAGAUGGCAAGACUGGCAAGUAGGCAUGCCCCGAGUCAAGAAAGAAACAGACAAAGGCUUCGAGGGCAUGGAGGGAGGCGUCGCCGAUAUAGUCAUUACCUGCGAAGAGCGCUGCUGGGAUGCUGUGAUCGAUGAUCUUCUUAACCGGGGCUCUCCACUCAACAGAGCUGUUCAUGUUAUCAACAUUGAUAUCAAGGACAACCACGAAGAGGCCUCCGUUGGAGGCAAAGCCAUGGUCGACCUUGCCGACUCCCUGAACCAGGUCGCGAAAGAAGAGCGCGAAAAGGUUGGCGCAGCGGCGUUUGAUUCUGGCAGUGGUGCUGCCAGAGCCAGCUUUGAUGAGCGUGUUCCCGAGGUGAUUGGUGAGUGGCAGGAAAGAUGGCCUAACCUUCCUGCGACUUGGACUUUGGCUUGGUUUUGAUGAGCUUCACUUCAUUCAUCUCUUUAACACUCAUAUUUCAUGGUUUAGCGGGCGUUGGGCGGUUGGUAUUGUUUUCGGGAUAUGGGCUUUGGGCAUUGAAUCAAGCAAGCGACGGAUAGCAGACAUCUCAUGAGGCAGGCUUAUGAAGCGGCGACUCCGAGACCGCUCUUUGUUUUCUUUUUCUUUUUCUUUUCUAUUUUCUUUUCUUGCUGUCUUUUGACGGCGACUGGCACCGCCUUGCACAUGAUUCUCCGCCUUUUGUUUUUUUACCGGCGCGGCUCCGUUGGUCGGACUUUUGCCGUGACCCGGGAUGCAGUGAUUAAAGGACCGGAUCGGCCCUGUUAGGACUCCGGACCUAAGAUCGAGAUGAAAUGAGGCGACAGGGGAUGUUCCGCCGAGUUCUCAGCCCAAGAAGACGUCGACCCGCCGAAGCGCAAAAAAUGACUCGGCUUCCAGAAUGUCCUGAUCGGAGGCAUCUCUGUUCAGAGGCGCAACGAGAGGUGUGAUUUAUUUAUCCAGCGUACGGAAGAUCAAACGGAUGUUCCCAUGGGGGCUCAUGCGGAUGGGCCCGAGAGUCAAUGCAUAUGGAAAUCAAGCUCAGAAAAUCACACGCUAUCCAUGUGACCGUUACCGCAGAGAGAGCCGCAGCAAGGGGACAUUUCUAUUUCCCUACAUAGUGUACUGCGUCCACAAUACCUACGGUUCUCAUCGGUGGACGGAGUAGGUACGAAUACAAAUAUUGGUGUUUUCUGGGCAGGCUUGUCCCGUGGAGAUCGGCUAG